AUGUCCAUCUUCUUCAAAACUUCCCUAGACAUUGAAAUCCGGCUAGACAACGAGGACAACCGCAAGCAUGUAGAAGUCAAGACAGCCCAAGGCAGGCUAGAAAAGCUACCCGUCUACAAGGAUGGCGAGUCUGUCAAAGGAAACGUGAUAAUCCGAACCAAAGAAGGCAAGAAGGUGGAGCAUUUUGGAAUAAAGGUCCAAUUACUCGGUGUCAUUGAGACUAACAUCGACGGAUUAGUGACGUCGGAGUUCUUAUCGCUAGCCACCGAAUUAUCCGCUCCUGCCCAAUUGACCCACCAAGAAACAUAUCCCUUCGAAUUCAAGAACGUGGAAAAGCAGUACGAGAGCUACAGAGGAAAAAAUGCAAGAUUGAGGUAUUUCAUCAAGGUCAAUGUAUCAAAGAAGUCGUCGUCGGAUAUCAUCAGGGAGAAAGAGCUCUGGGUAUACCAGUUCAGCAGUCCUCCUACAUCGCUUCCAGCAGUCAACAAUGCUCCAGAAAAGUCCAAUUCACAAAAUACUCCCUCCACCAGCACACCAACCGUCAAGAUGGAUGUUGGUAUCGAGGAUUGCUUGCACAUUGAGUUUGAGUACCUGAAGUCCAGGUUCUCUUUGAAGGACGUGAUAAUUGGUAGAAUAUACUUUUUACUUGUGAGGUUGAAAAUCAAACAUAUGGAGUUAUCUUUGAUCAAGAGAGAAACCGUCGGGGUGCCACCUAAUCAGAUAGUGGAUAGCGAAACAUUGAUAAGAUUUGAAAUCAUGGACGGUGCACCAAUCAAGGGGGAAACAAUACCAAUACGGUUAUUUUUGGGGGGAUUCGACUUGAUCCCCACUUACAAGGAUAUCAACAAAAAGUUUUCCACCAGAACGUACUUGUCGUUGGUGUUGAUAGAUGAAGAUUCCAGAAGAUACUUCAAACAAAGCGAGAUUAUUCUUUAUAGAGAGGAGUAG